UUUUUUGUUCGAAAGUGAAUCGUACGCUUGACUUUGUCGUUAAACAUAAUUUAUCACAUUUUUAAAGUUUUACACGAAUACCUGCUUGUUAAUACUUGAACGAAAAUUCACAAGUCUUUUUUACUAAUACAUUAAUACUAAAUACGUAUCGUGUUCUAUCAAGUUUUUGCUGACAUCGGAUACCCAUUUGAUUCUUUGUUGUUAAAUCGCAGUUCCUCAUAAAUCAAAGAUGCCUAUAUUAUUUAGUGUUGUUGCUCGUGGUACAGUUGUUUUGGCGAAGUAUGCUACUUGUGCUGGAAACUUCACAGAGGUUACAGAACAAAUACUGUCGAAAAUACCACCACAUGAUGAUAAGCUGACAUACUCGCAUGGAAACUAUUUGUUUCAUUAUAUAGCGGAAAGUAAAUUGAUUUACUUCUGCAUCACCGAUGAUAAAUUCCAACGAUCUAGAGCCUUUCUGUUUUUAAAUGAAAUUAAAAGAAGAUUUAUAGCAGUAUUUGGGGAUACUGCACAAACAGCUAUUCCUUAUGCCAUGAACAGUGAAUUUGCCCGUGUUCUUGCUACAGAAAUGAAGCAUUACAGUGAAUCACGGGAUCUUGACACUAUAUCCAGGGUUCAUGGGGAGUUAGAUGAGCUCAAAAAUAUCAUGAUUAAAAACGUCGACAGCAUAUCAGCGCGUGGUGAAAAAUUAGAAUUGAUAAUGAACAAAGCUGAAAACUUAGCCACUACAUCGGUCACAUUCAGAUCAACAUCGAGAACACUACAGCGCUCCUUGUUUUGGAAAAAUAUUAAAAUGUAUGUAAUCUUGGCAGUAGCUGCUGGAGUUGCUGUUUAUCUGAUUGGAGCUAUGGCCUGUGGCGGUCUUGCGUGGAAAUCAUGUGUAGGUUAAUUUUUUUUUAUACUUUCGCAUCUCAGAACUUUGUAACACUACCCUCUAUUAAUAUUGUUCAAGUAUUUAGCAAAGUUGAUACGUAAAAGUAGGUGUAAUUGACCUUCACCAUUUGGCCCUUGAGAAUCAAGUUUAAUCAUUGUUCAAAGACAAAUGUUUUAGUUGUCUCCAUUAUUGUUGUUGUUUUAAGGAGGUUCAUCAUUCAUCAACACGAAAGCUGAUAAAAUUUACUAGAAUUUAGAUUAUAAAUAGAAAAUCUUUUUAUUUUGCAAUACCUUAAUAUUGUAGUAUUGUGACCCUACAUUAUGGCUUAAUAUAUUUAUGCCUGCUUUUACUAUAAAUACUUUAAGAGCUAGUUUAAUCAUAGUGUCUCCUGGAGCUAAUGAGUCUUUUCUGUUAUGAGUUUGUGAAAUGGAAAUAUAAUUUAGCUAGGUAUAUUUUCUGUUAUGUUUCGAAUUUUGGAGUGAGAUUACAUAACAUUUGUUCUAAUACUUAAAUUUCCUAGUACUUUUUAAUCCAUUCCUUUUGAUGCAACAUAUAUCUAACUGUUCUAUGUGGAAUUGUUCAAUAUUGGUGAAAACUGGUUGUCAGCUAUUUUCUUAAUAAAUUAUUAUUGUUCUAAAUGCCUAUUAGUCUGAGCAUUAUAUUAUUUUAUUUAAUUAAAGUGAUUAGAUAUUAGGCUUAUUAUAAAUUGAAGACUUAAUAUAGUACUUGGUUUAAAUCAUUGGCCAUCCAGAGCAAAUUGACAGUGACAGAAGAAGAAACUUCAAAUUGAGAUGUGACUUAUUUUGGUCAGAUAUAGGUCUAAAGUUAGUUUUAGUUUUAUAAUAAAACAGUCAAAGACCAUGUUUUGUUGGAGUCUCCACUUAGCUCCAGUUGUAAAGUUUGUUCCAUUUAUAUAAUUAUCCACCAUAUACCAUAUGAAAUUUAGUUUUCGGAGAAACUGGGGUGAUGGCCAUUAUUUUUAUGUAAUACUAAUCAUUGGAAGACAUGUUACAUUGGAAAUAAAUCAUUAUUUUUUGAAGAAAGGACAUCAACCUAAUAUAGUCUCUAAACACAUAGCACCUAAUUUCUUAUUGCAUUUUCGAUUUUAUAGUAUAUUGUAGAUGUAAUCUGGUUUAUUAUUUAAAUGGCUGACAAUGAUAUUUAGUGAUAUAGAUGAUGUGUUAUUAAGAUUAUACAUUUUAUUUGUAAUUUUAGAGCACCAAAUAUAGAAAUGUUAUUUCAGUUAUUUAGCACUGUAUUAUUAUAAUUCAUAUGAUAAUGGUAAUUUUAAACAUUUGGUGAUUUUGUGUGUUAGGUGUGUGUUUAUAAUUUUAACUGAAAGUUUUUAAGUUGUUU